CUUGUUUUUGCCACUAUGCGAGGCAGGACCCCCUUUCACUCUCCUUUGGCACUAAUGAGCUCCCUUCACCCUCUUCUUCCACAGUGCUUGUAUCAGUUCCUGGCGUUUGUCCCACCAAGCAACGGGAGCCUGAAAAGAACAGGCACGGCGUCGGUAAUGGUUGAUACCCAGCAUCCACUCACCCUGAUGCUCAGCACCUCUGUGGGUGACAGAGAGCUCUGCAAGAUUCAGUAUCAUUUUGGAGAGUUUGGCAAUUAUUCCCUUGUGGUAAAGGCCCUAACUGCAAACACGGAAACUGUUUCUUGUGACCUAGUCAUCAAUGAAGGCCCUAUCAACAGCUACCUCCCUAUUCUCUUUGCUUUCCUGGUUUACAUGGGGAUCCUUGCUGUCCUGAUUGUUGGGCGCCUUUUUAUGAAAAUUGAUCCAGUCAGAAACUGGGUUUACAAGAAACUGAACCCCAGAGAAACUGAUCGUCUGAUUAAUUCUGAGCUUGGAUCCCCAAACACAACAGACUCCAUUAACUGUGAUCCUGCCCCGCAUUCAUGGAGCACAGCCUCUCGGCAGCGGCUGCAUUCCCUUGACACGUUCCGAGGGCUCUCUCUUGUAAUUAUGGUGUUUGUUAACUAUGGAGGAGGAAAAUACUGGUUCUUCAAACAUGAGAGUUGGAAUGGAUUAACUGUGGCUGAUCUGGUGUUUCCAUGGUUUGUGUUCAUCAUGGGGACAUCAAUAGCGUUGUCACUGAGCUCCAUGCUGAGGUGGGAAAGUUCCAAGUGGAAGGUGCUCAGGAAGAUCCUCUGGAGGAGUUUUUUGCUAAUCCUGCUGGGAAUCAUAGUUGUCAAUCCCAAUUACUGCCUUAAACCCUUGUCCUGGGAUAAUCUGCGUAUUCCUGGGGUGCUCCAGAGGCUGGGAUUCACAUACCUGGUGGUUGCUGCUCUUGAACUUCUGUUUACAAGAGCUGAGAGUGGGACCUGGGAAGCACCGUAUCCUGCUCUGCAGGAUAUUCUCCCCUACUGGCCACAGUGGAUUUUUAUUCUGAUUUUAGAAGUGAUUUGGCUCUGCCUGACCUUCUUGUUACCUGUGCCAGAUUGUCCUAGGGGCUAUCUUGGUCCUGGGGGCAUUGGAGACUUUGGAAAGUAUCCCAACUGCACUGGAGGAGCAGCUGGUUACAUUGAUCGUUUGCUUCUUGGAGAAAAGCAUAUAUAUCAGCAUCCCUCUUCAAGUGUGACUUACCAAACAACGAUGCCAUAUGAUCCUGAAGGGAUCCUGGGGACCAUAAAUAGCAUUGUAAUGGCAUUUUUGGGACUGCAGGCGGGAAAAAUUACUUUGUUCUACAAAGACCAGCACAAACAAAUUAUGAGUCGGUUCGUCAUAUGGAGCAUAUUAAUGGGAAUUAUUUCUGCUAUCUUGACAAAAUGUUCUAAAGAAGAAGGGUUUAUUCCCAUAAACAAGAACUUAUGGUCAAUAUCGUACGUGACAACCACAGGCUGCUUUGCUUUCAUCCUCUUAUUGCUGAUAUAUUACCUUGUGGAUGUCAAGAAAUUGUGGUCGGGUGCUCCAUUUUUCUACCCAGGAAUGAACUCAAUCCUGGUCUACAUUGGACAUGAAGUGUUUGAAAACUAUUUCCCUUUUAAGUGGAAGAUGCAAGACAGUCAAUCCCACGCAGAGCAUCUGACUCAAAACCUCACUGCGACAACUCUUUGGGUCUUAAUAUCAUACUUACUUUACAGGAGAAGGAUAUUCUGGAAAAUCUGAUAGAGAUGGUCAAAGUGUAGCAGGCCUAGACUCUGAUGAGGCAAGUGGAUUAUCCUGAAAUAUGGUGGAUUAUCCUGGAAUACUGCCACUCAUGCUAGGCUGUAUAACUAAAAAGGGAUACUAGUUCACGUUUACAGUGCCAUGGAAGUCAUCACCAAGACUUUUAUGUGACUAAAGGGACAGUAUUUUCCUAUUUAGCAAAACCUUACUAGUCUGCUGUUGCUCCCUGUUUCCUGUCUUUUGUAAAUAUUUUACUGAUUUCCCUCCUUCACACAGAGAAAGUGAACAUACAGUUGGGCAGUCUAAGAGAGCCUGAUGGUGUUCACCAAAGGAACUGCAAGGGAUCUGGGUGGUGACUCAGGGGUUAUCAGAAUGGGCCUGUGGUAACAGUCCUUGCAUCUGACACAGAACCUCCUGACUUGGGUGGUCUGGGGUUUGUAUAUAUCCUUGGCACCUGUCACAUGUCUGUGCCCCUCUGGCUACUGGCACACAUUUAUUUAACUUGCCCGUUGGCUCCACUCAGGAGCACUGGCAGCAUCCUCAGCCCUGCACUUGGGUUGGUGGUGCAGUUACUGUCUGGGAAAGCUCUGUGUCAUAGCGUGCUGUGGAAAGCGGUGCCCUCAGCUGAUCAUGCUUCAUUAUAUUCUUCCAAUUUGGCCUUGGACCAAAACCUUAGGUUUAGGAUCCUGCUGAAGCCUGCUGCCUAAAAUCUCUUCUACUGGUUUAUUAAUCAGCAGGCUGCUGCUACAGGUUUGCAGCCCAUCUGUGCAUGUUCUGGGCCUUUGUGUUACAUACUUCUAGCAUGGAUGAAGUCCGAGUUUCAUGUGCUACACUCUAGGAGUGCAGAAAGGCCAGUUCCUAUUGCCUUUGUAUAAUCACUUGGAUACUGCCCAAUUUCAGUCAAAGCAAUCCUCUUUCUACAUGGAUUUACUUAAGGGACCUGAAUCUGAAAACCAAACUAGUGCUAAUAAAAAACCUGAGAUACC